UCUCCCUUCUCUCUCCUCUCUCUCUCUCUCUCUCUCCUCCCAUCGCGCGCAAGCCGUGCGCCCUCCUCCCUUCCAGCGCCUCCCGUCGCCACCACAGGGCACGCCGAUCUCCGAUGUUGGUACCACCAGCUUCGUCUCGUCGCCGCCGUCAUGCCCCGACCCUUCGCCGCACCUGCACCGGCCGGAGCUCGCCGGAAACUGGACGAGAAUCGGCGGUUUUCACCCGAACUUCAUCUCCUUCGUUCUCCUUCGUUUCUCAACCAAAUCGUUCGAGUAAGGCACCAGAAGUCCAGGCGACCCGCAGGAGGGACCUUCGAAGGGUCCAGUUAGCUCGGACCAUCAAGUUUGAGAACUUUACCAGAGGAGAUAGCAGCAAAGCUUCAGAUUUACCGAGAUGCAGCUGUAGAAGUGCGCAGGAUCCACCACCGGGCAAUUCCUAGCUUCCGCGCCAUCAAAUCAGGUAGAGUUUUGUAGAAAAGCCCUUGGAACUCUGUAAACUUUAGAAAAUUCUCUGAUAUCUAGUUGAAACUGAAAAACUGGAGUUGAGAUCUGUUAUUUGAGAUAUUCUGGCAGUUGGUGUGGAUUUAA